GCGCGGGAUUGGCGGGUCCCGAGCCGUCAGCCGUGGCGGGAGUUUUCGGAUGUGUUGGCGGUGGCCCCGGCAGCAGCAGUUGGGCUGAGCUGGGCCCGCACGGCUGGCGGCGGAACCGGGAAGGCUAAUCCGCCGCAGAUUCCCGCGCUCACGGCUUGUGGCUUGCAUUUCAGUCGCCUUCUUUCCGUCCCCGAGAGCUGCGCAGAAAGAUGGAUCGGCACCGGCCUCGGCUGCACCACCCGAAGCAGGGCUCGGCCGCCGGGGCCCCCUACCCCUCCUCAGCCUCGCUCCGUAGCUGCCGGGAAAGCAAGAUGCCGGUCCGGAAGGGCCCUCAGCACCCUCCGCCCAGCGGCGCGGAGGAACCUGGAGAGAAACGCCCCAAGUUUCAUUUAAAUAUUAGGACACUGACGGAUGAUAUGCUGGACAAAUUUGCCAGCAUACGAAUUCCAGGAAGCAAAAAGGAGAGACCUCCACUUUCCAACCUGAAGACUGCAUUUGCAAGCAAUGAUUGUUCUUCAGAGAUGAUGGAAAACAUCCCAAAGCCACUGUCAGAGAACGAAGUCUUAAAACUCUUCGAAAAGAUGAUGGAAGAUAUGAAUUUAAAUGAAGAUAAGAAAGCACCAUUGCGGGAAAAGGACUUCAGCAUCAAAAAAGAAAUGGUGAUGCAGUACAUUAAUACUGCUUCCAAGACAGGAAGUCUUAAGAGUAGGCGACAGAUCUCACCUCAGGAAUUCAUCCAUGAACUGAAAAUGGGGUCUGCAGAUGACAUUGUCACAUGCCUGGAGUCCCUCCGCGUAUCUUUGACUAGUAAUCCUGUCAGUUGGGUGGAAAGUUUUGGACGUGAGGGGCUUGGAUUAUUACUGGACAUUUUGGAAAAACUGAUUAGUGGCAAAAUACAAGAAAAAAUUGUAAAGAAGAAGCAACAUAAAGUCAUACAGUGUCUAAAAGCUUUGAUGAACACACAGUAUGGCUUGGAAAGAAUUAUGAGUGAAGAGAGAAGUCUUUCUCUAUUAGCCAAAGCCAUCGAUCCCAAGCACCCAAGUAUGAUGACAGAUGUGGUAAAACUCCUCUCUGCAGUAUGCAUUGUAGGGGAGGAAAGCAUACUUGAAGAGGUUUUAGAAGCUUUAACAUCAGCUGGAGAAGAAAGAAACAUUGACAGAUUUUCAUCUAUUGUGGAAGGUCUCAGGCAUGAUUCAGCUCAGCUGCAGGUAGCAUGUAUGCAACUCAUCAAUGCCCUUGUUACAUCUCCUGAUGAUUUGGACUUCAGGCUUCACAUCAGAAAUGAAUUUAUGCGUUGUGGAUUGAAAGAGAUAUUGCCAAAUUUAAAAUGUCUGAAGAAUGAUGGCUUGGAUAUCCAACUUAAAGUCUUUGAUGAGCAUAAAGAAGAAGAUUUGCUUGAGCUCUCCCAUCGCCUUGAAGAGAUUAGAGCUGAGCUUGAUGAAGCAUAUGAUAUUUACAACAUGGUGUGGAACACAGUUAAGGAAACUAGAGCGGAAGGAUAUUUUAUUUCCAUUCUUCAGCAUCUUUUGCUGAUUCGAAAUGAUUAUUUUAUAAGGCAACAAUACUUCAAAUUAAUUGAUGAAUGUGUAUCUCAGAUUGUAUUGCAUAGAGAUGGGAUGGAUCCAGACUUCUCAUAUCGAAAGAGACUAGAUUUAGAUUUAAGUCAGUUUGUCGAUGCUUGCGUAGAUCAAGCGAAGCUAGAAGAGUUUGAAGAGAAAGCAUCAGAACUUUACAAGAAAUUUGAAAAAGAGUUUACUGACCACCAAGAAACUCAGGCUCAAUUGCAGAAAAAAGAAGCAAAGAUUAAUGAACUUCAAGCAGAGUUACAAGCUUUUAAGUCACAGUUUGGUGCGUUGCCUGCCGAUACAAGUAACUCUUCACCACUGGCAGAAGAAAAUGGAUCCGGCCUCCCAGCACUUGCUCCUUCCCUGCCGUUGCCCUCCUGUGAAGGAGUGCCUCCUCCCCCUCCUCCCCCACCCCCUCCUCCCCUUCCAGGAAUGCCCUUGCCCUUUGGUGGUCCUGUGCCUCCACCGCCUCCCCUGGGAUUUCUCAGUGGACGAAACUCUCCUCCUCCACCAACCCUACCUUUUGGGUUAAAACCAAAGAAAGAAUUUAAGCCCGAAACCAGCAUGAGAAGAUUGAAUUGGUUAAAGAUCAGACCUCAUGAAAUGACUGAAAACUGUUUCUGGGUUAAAGCAAAUGAAAAUAAGUAUGAAAAUGUGGAUUUGCUUUGUAAACUUGAGAAUACGUUUUGUUGCCAACAAAAAGAGAGAAGAGAAGAGGAAGAUUUGGAAGAGAAGAAAGCUAUUAAGAAAAAAAUUAAAGAGCUUAAAUUUUUAGAUUCUAAAAUUGCCCAGAACCUUUCAAUCUUCUUGAGCUCUUUUCGGGUGCCAUAUGAGGAAAUCAAAAUGAUGAUAUUGGAAGUGGAUGAAACACAGUUGGCAGAGUCUAUGAUUCAGAACCUAAUAAAGCAUCUUCCAGAUCAAGAACAGUUAAGUUCACUGUCUCAGUUCAAGAGUGACUAUAACAACUUAUGUGAACCCGAGCAGUUUGCUGUUGUGAUGAGCAAUGUGAAGAGACUCCGGCCACGGCUCAGUGCUAUUCUCUUUAAGCUUCAGUUUGAAGAGCAGGUGAACAGCAUCAAACCUGACAUCAUGGCUGUCAGUACUGCCUGUGAGCAGAUAAAGAAAAGCAAAAGCUUUAGCAAGUUGCUGGAACUUGUGUUGCUAAUGGGAAACUACAUGAACGCUGGCUCCCGGAAUGCUCAAACCUUCGGAUUUAACCUUAGCUCUCUCUGUAAACUAAAGGACACGAAAUCCGCAGAUCAGAAAACAACACUACUUCAUUUUCUGGUGGAAAUGUGUGAAGAGAAGUACCCUGAUAUCCUGACUUUUGUGGAUGAUUUGGAACAUUUAGACAAAGCUAGUAAAGUCUCUGUAGAAACGCUGGAAAAGAAUUUGAAGCAGAUGGGAAGGCAGCUUCAACAGCUUGAGAAAGAUUUGGAAACCUUUCCCCCUCCUGAGGACUUGCAUGAUAAGUUUCUGACAAAGAUAUACAGCUUUGUUAUCAGUGCAAAAGAACAAUACGGGAAACUUUUAAAGUUACACGAAAACAUGGAAACGUUAUACCAGAGUGUGAUGGGAUACUACGCCAUUGAUGUGAAGAAGGUGUCUGUGGAAGACUUUUUUAAUGACUUGAAUAACUUCAGAACCACAUUCAUGCAAGCAAGAAAGGAGAACGUAAAAAAAAGAGAAGCAGAGGAAAGGGAAAAACGUGCCCAAAUAGCCAAAGAAUUAGCAGAGAAAGAAAGACUUGAACGCCAACAAAAGAAAAAGCGCUUGUUAGAAAUGAAGACUGAGGGUGAUGAGACAGGAGUGAUGGAUAGUCUGCUGGAGGCUUUGCAGUCGGGGGCUGCCUUCCGCGACCGAAGAAAAAGGACACCAAAGCCAAAAGAUAUUCGGCGAAGUUUCAGUCCCAUGUCUCAGAGGCCUGUUCUGAAAGUUUGUAACCAUGAAAAUCAGAAAGUGCAGUUGACAGAAGGGUCACGUUCACACUACAAUAUCAAUUGCAACUCAACGAGGACUCCAGUCGCCAAGGAGCUUAAUUAUAAUGUAGACACUCAUACGUCUACAGAGAGGAUCAAGGCAGUUGAGAAGAAGGAAGCCUGUAAUGUAGAAAGCAACAGAAAAAAGGAAAUGGAACUUCUUGGCUCUGUUUCUAAAAACGAAUCUGUUCCCGAAGUUGAAGCCCUGCUGGCAAGAUUACGAGCUUUAUAAAUUAAACUGUCUCUUUGAUCUGACAAUCAGUAAGUUUAACAAAGAUCUAAAGUGUUUCAAGGGAAGUUUCCCAUGCAUAUGUUGCAAUUUUCCCUCAUUUGGGGCACUGAAUUAACUCUUAAUCCUAUACAAAAGAAAAUAAACUUGCUACUCGCACUAACUGAAAAAAUCGGGCGUUUUUGUAGUUAGCAUAUUCUGUGCAAACAGCCUGUGCUAUGCAGUCUAUCUAAGCAUCUAUUUUGCUUUAUUAUGUGCAGUAAAUAAAUGACUGCUCUUUUACCUUCAGUUAAAAAGCAGUUAUGUGGAACCAGUCUGGCGAGGUCCACUGCUUUUUAUUUCCUUGUUUAAGUUGCCACCUCCUUUCAGCUCCAAGUUAAUAAAGUUAAUUAAUUAGAACUAUGAACCAGGCCCUGUUUAUAGACAUUGGGGAACAGAGUGUUAUCCACAGCCUAUGCAGGAAUAAAUUGUUCUCCUAUGUAUGGCUGAAAUAGAAAUUGCACCCAGAGGGCAAAAUGCAUAUUUUCCUGAAAACAAAUCUUAACAAUGAAGAAAGGUGAAGGACAUUGACACAUUUUAGCAGACAGGACCCCAACAGCAAGAAAAGAAGUGAAAGAAAAGAAUUCUGACGAUCAGUUCUUAACAUGAUUUUGCAAACACUUGGGCUUUUCAGAAGCAAAACUGAAAUUCAGCCAGAUAGUUUAGACAUACCAGGCGGCUUGUAAGCACUCUGGAAACUUGGGUCAGGGAGCAGCCACAAGGGAGAAGCAGCCUGGCAAGUAAAGGGAAGUGAAGAUGACAUAGACCCCCAAGGGCCGAGAAAUGCAGGCAAGUCGUAAACAGACGCAGUCAGCCCCCCAGCACCUGUCUGCAGGAGUGGAAGGACAGCCAGCUAGUGGGAGGACCAGCAGGGGCCGGCCUCCUACAGGUCAGGGGCCCCACUCCCUCCGCCUCCCUGGCGGGAGUGUGUUCUGAUCAGGCCUGGAUAGGGGACUAUGUUUUGUGUUUACCUCUCCACACCUAAAGAGUACACAGAGGUAAGAGCCAACCAAGAAACAGCUCAUUUUCUGCUGCAGAGAUUUCAGUGAUAAAUGCUCCUUCAACAAUGGGCAGGGGGGUAUGAUUAGGGUUUUUAAAUCCGUAUUAUUCCUUUAGCCAACUUUAGAUGAAAACUAGACAUCGAGGUACAAGUUCAUGUUUCUGAGCAAACAGUUUAUUCUUUUGAAUUUGCAGGUAAAUGUGAAGCCAAAACACAGCUCAGCACCCUUGACAAGGAUGUUCGUCCAGGCUAGUGACAAACCCCAACUGGGUUCCCACCCCCUCUCAGGUCAGCGUAAAGAAUUUGGCAAAAACACACAGACAAGUAAGCACUCAAAUACAACGAGUUGUCCAAAAGCAAAGACCUGCUGCUAACAAGUUUUCCCAUAUAUUUGAUAUUUGAAGUGAUUUAUAAAUAAGGGAGGCGGUCCAAUCAUACAGCAGCCCCCCUCCCCCCACCACUGCCUUAUCCUCAGGGGAUUCAUUCAAAGACAUCCUCCCCAGGGGAUGCCUGAAAUUGCAAGUAGUACCAAACCCUAAAUAGACUAUGCUUUUUCCUAUACAAAGUUUAAUGUCUAAUUAGGCACAGUAAGAGAUGAACAGCAAUACUAAUACUAAAAUAGAAUAAUUGUAACCAUACACUAUAAUAAAAGGCUAUAGGAAUGAAUGUAGCUUCUAUCAGAAUAACUUCAUGUACUAUACUCCUCCUUUUUGUGAUGACGGGAGACGAUAAAAUGUCUCCGUGAUGAAAGGAGGUGAGGUGAACAUUGCAGGUGUAGUUUUAAGCUACUAUAACCUUCUGACAGUAUGUCAGACUGAGGAUUAUCUGCUUCCAGACUAUGCCUGAGCACAGGUAACGGAAACCACGGAAAGUUAAACCAGAAAUGAAGGCAUGGAGGGACCACUCUAUAUGCAUGUAUGUCCUUUGUUAACAUUUAGAUAUUUAAACAAAAUGUAUCAAAGUUUAUAUGAGGAAGUAGAUGGUUCAAUAAUUUAUGUCAUACAUUUUCUGGUAAAUCUAGAAAAUGCAAUUAUUUAUACCAAGUUUCUCCAAAACUCUAGUUAUUACCACACUAUUUAGUCAAAAAGAGGACUCAGUAAUGACUUUAAAAUGUUAGUUUAGCCACAAAUGAUUAUUGCCUGGGUUGAUCCGUUCUUAUUUUAAAAUACAAUCCAAUGUGGAUCUGAGUUUCCUAGUUAAAAACAAAACCCUCCUUUAUGGUUAAGCACAGGUGGGCCAGGAGCACAUUUCGAGGUUACUUUUGUGCCAACUUUUUGCACAGACUAUGUAACUUUUGGAAAGUAAUAGGCCCUAAUAAAUAAACUGCUAUUUGAU